AAUCGCACGUGCGUUCGAUUGUUCUCCUGAAGAUAUUAGGGAAACAGGCUCCUUAUUUGUUCGUCAUAUUCUCGUAUUAUUAAACUUCCAGUUCAUUAAUGUGGAUACACCUCAGAGUGGCUAAGUAACUACUCUAUGUUGAUCUUGUUGAUUUAAAGAAAAAAAACUUAUAUAAUUUGUGUCUUCCCGGCAACUAUAGGAUUGCUUGUGCUCUUGAUGAAUAAGUGUGUUGUUUCUUUAUGUCAGCAUGAGUCGUAGUCGACGAGAGGGUCGUGGAGAAGGUGGCUUUCACCAUCGUCACUAUGGUGGAGGUUAUAGUCGAGGAGGGCGAAGGAGGGGAAUUGGAAGUAAUCACAGAGGGCUCUCAAAGAGACGUCGGUUCGAUAAGAUGGAAGAAGAUCAUGUCAUAGAUACAUAUGAUGCGGAAGACGGAAACGUGCACGUAGUUAACGAUGUGGCAGCAGACAAUGAUCGCAUCGCUACACAUGAGGCAACAGACACGAGCUCUAAUUCAAGUGAGAAUGAAACGUCGCCGUCCGAAUGUGAAAGGGAGGACGCUUUUUGUGAUCUCCUAAAUGAACUGACUGGUAAAUUAAGAGCUCAGAACAGUAAACAUUCGUUUCUUAAUAGCGACGAAGAUGACGAAGGUGAUAGUGACAAUGGUGAUGAGCACUCGACCAAUUACCAGAAUGAAUCUGCAGAGGACGAAAGUGCUGAUGAAAAGGCAGAAGAGGACGAUCAAGAAACAGAUAGUGAUGAAAAGGAGGACGAGAAUCAUUCUGGUUACGGCAAAGCUAGUUAUGAGAUGGGAGCGAUGACGAGUAAGGCUAAUGGAGCAGAGGCGAAGGACCACAGGGGAGACAUCAAUGACGCAGGUGAUCGUGAGCACACCUCAGAUGAGGACGCAGAAGCCGAAAAUGAUAAUGAGUUGGAUGGCGAAUCAUCUAGCGAUGAAGAGGAGGGUUGCACGAACUAUAUUUCUCAUCUUGAGUGGAUACCUGACGAAAAAUAUUUUCCGCCUGAGCCCUACAGUCUUCAGCCUGGUAGUCUUCAACAGUGGCCUCAGUUAGGCGUGGUAAAAAUACAGCCUCCUCAGAAAAAUUCAAAAAAUGCGCCAGAAAUAGCUUUUAAACAAAACACCAAAAUUAGCCUCAAAAAAGUACUAGCAGACAAUCUGGAAGAUGUGUUAGAUGUUUACUCUAGUUUUAAAGGUGAGGCCAACGUGAAGAUGACAUUGGACGCUUAUGAGGAAUCGGUUCUAAAUGUUCUUAAUUCAUAUCGUGAUUUUUAUUACCCGGAACAUAGAUGGGAAAAAGCAGAAUCAUUAAGACUUUGCUAUACUCUUCAUGUCAUGAAUCAUGUACUUCGAAGUAGAGCUCGAACUGUCAAGCACAGUACGAAAAUUCGAAGGUCAGAUGGAGCUAUUGAGUAUCAGGAUCAGGGUUUGACUAGGGUUAAGGCUUUAAUCGUACUGCCGUUUAAAAACGCCGCCUACCGGGUGAUUAAGCUUAUUCUGAAAAUGGUUAGAGAGAUUAAGCUGCAAAUAUUGAACGAGAAUCGUUUUGAAGAAGAAUUCCGGCCGCCUGAUGACAAUGACAGCAGACGUGGCAACAAACCUGAUGAUUUCUAUAAAUUUUUCGACGGUGAUAAUGACGACAUGUUUCGUAUCGGCCUACGCUUUACAAAGCGUCGUGUGCAGUUGUAUGCAAAUUUUUAUUCCGCUGAUUUAAUCAUUGCCUCACCAGUAGGACUUAGGGCAAUUAUUGGUUCGGAAGGUGACGAAAAACGUGAUUACGAUUUUCUUUCUUCAAUUGAAAUCGUGGUACUAGACCAAACUGAUGUAUUCUUCAUGCAAAAUUGGGAGCAUGUCGUUGACCUUUUCAAGCAUCUUAACAUCAAACCACGAAAACCGCAUGGCGUAGACUUUUCUCGGGUGCGAAUCUGGUGCGUAAGUGAAUGGGGAAAAUAUUUCCGACAGAAUAUAGUAAUUUCCCAAGUGCAACAUCCUCAAAUCAACGCUCUAAUGAAGCGAUACAACUUUAACUAUCGUGGGUUGGUGUCAGUGUGCAAUCCAGUGGGAACGUCAGUCAUCGCUCAGGUAGUUGUUCAGAUUCCGCAUAUUUUCCGAUCGUUCGAACCGGCUUCAGCAGGCGUCACAAGUGAUUCGCGUUUUGAAUUCUUCAUUAACGAGAUCCUUCCACAGUUGAGGAAGGACAAACUCGUAUCACACUGUAUGAUAUAUGUGAGGCAAUAUUUCGAUUUCGUUCGGUUAAGAAAUUAUAUGCGCGAUUUAGCCGAUCGCGAUCCCGGCUUCAAGUUUUCGCAAAUUUGCGAGUAUACUGAAGAUGGAAAGGUGGCCAAAGCUCGCUAUAUGUUCUUCCAUGGAAAACGUAAGUUCCUCCUCUAUACGGAGCGAUUUCACUUUUUUCACCGGUAUACAAUAAAGGGUGUGCGCCAUAUAAUAUUCUAUGAACUACCAAUAUAUCCGCAUUUCUACUCAGAACUUAUCAAUAUGAUGUCACCGGCUAAUCAAUACAAGUUGACUAACGGUAUGGACAGUACGUUCACCGCAACCACGCUUUAUUGUAAAUAUGAUGCAUUGGCACUGUUACCAAUAUUGAAUGAGCAACGGACGGGAUCGGUAGUUUAUAAAAGGGAUAAAAAAGUGCAUGUCUUUAGUAGAGAUUAAAAUGACGCUUUUCAAAAACGAAACGUCGCAAAAAUUCCCCGUACUGGUUCUUCAUGUCUGAUUAGGAAUAACACUUGUGGAUGCAGAUAGUACCGUAACGCCUUCUCAUAAGUGCUACAACUUUGUAUAUAAUUGACUCAUGCGCAUUGUACAAUAACCGUUCAUCGCUGUUGUUGAGAGAGAACUAUGUCUGAAAUAAAUAAUGCUUUUGUA